CACUUGUAAUCACAAGAGAAGCUACAAUGAAAUCAUUGCAAAGUGCUUUGUUCAUUUCUUUGAUUGUGGUUUCCCUAACUCCAACCUAUAAUGGCUUGGAAAUUAUCGGAGGCCGCGAAGUUAAGCCCCAUUCAAAACCUUAUAUGGCAUCUAUCCAAGUUUACAAUAUGAAAACGAAGAGCUAUGGACAUAAGUGUGGAGGGGCUUUGAUCAGAAGUGGAUGGAUAUUGACUGCAGCACACUGUGAAUUGAAAGGACAGGAAAUUCGAUACCUUCGAGUAGUUCUUGGAGCACAUUCUCUUUCACGGGAUGAGAAGAGUCAACAAAAACUUGAGGUUAAAAAGCAACACCCCCAUCCACAUUUUAACGGAAAAUCUACAGAAAAUGACAUCAUGCUACUCCAACUGUCCAGUGAAGCAAAGAUCAACAAAUAUGUGAAUCUGCUCAAACUACCAAAGGAUAAGGGUGCAGAUGUGAAACCCAGAACUUCCUGCAAAGUGGCAGGAUGGGGAGUAACAACUGUAUGUUCCAAAUCUCCAUCUGACACACUUCAAGAAGUGAAACUAAAUGUCAUAGAUCGUAAUACAUGCAACAGUAAGGAUUAUUACAAUCGUAAACCUGUCGUAACUGAGGACAUGAUCUGUGCUGGUGACAGAAAAGGCAGAAAAGACACAUGCUUGGGUGAUUCAGGUGGUCCUUUAAUUUGCAAAAAUAUGUACAAAGGGAUUGUGUCAUACGGCCUUGGAUGUGCUGAUCCCAAAAAGCCUGGGAUUUACACUCUCAUUUCAAAGAAAUACCUUGACUGGAUUCAGAAAAUAAUUGGCGUCGAAACUUACAAUAUGACAGCUGCUGAGAAUGUUGAGGAGCCUACCGCUACUCUGUUUUACUUUUAAUGAGUUGUUUUUGAAUUGCUUUGCUCAGAGAAGGGCAAAAAUGCUUUUGCCCAUACCUUGUACAACAAUCUAUUAUAAAAUGGAAUAAAAACCUGAAAUGUGAAAUCCUCAA